AACGAAUUUCAGGAAUGGUACAAAGGAUGGACUGAGGCUACAUUCAAAAUCGCACAUCACAAAGCCCUUAAACUUAUCCGAAUUCAACUUAUCGUCCACGGAUUUCAAGAAACGUUCCCCGAAUGUACGAAAGAUAUUGAAAAAGAAGCUCAAGAACUCAGUAAAGAAUAUGCGGAUAUAUACGAAAUCAUUGUACCAAAGAAAUCAACCCAAAUCCAAGUUAUACGAAAAUACUCUGAUAAGAUAUUUUCGAAAUAA